AUGGCCGAGAGCACGAAGGGGCAGGCGCACCACCACUACACGUACACCGAGCUCCUGGCCAUUGCACAGCACUUCAGGCAGGGGCCGCAAGAGCACAUGGUGGCCUGGAUUCUGCGGGUGUAUGACCAAGGCGGCAUGGUCCUGGUUCUGAGUUUCCGGGAGCUGGCACUCCUGGGCAACCUGACCCACGACGCCAUCUUCAACUGCCUCUGCAGGGAUCGGCAGUGGAUCGGGCCCACGGCACUGCUCGCCUGGCUGCUGAAGGCCUGGCGCCAGCGCUGGCCAUCCUUCCUGCACUUCAAGGACCCCUUCGGGACCUGGUUCUCCAUGGAGCAGGCUAUGCCGCUGGCGCGCCAGCUGGGCAUGCUGCAGUGGAUCUACCAUGAGCCUGCGUUUGAGCAGGCUCCAUGUCCUGCGCCCGAGGAUAUGCCCUUCACAAGGGACAUGUAUCAGCGCCUAAUGGCACUGGCCAGCAACCCCCAGUUUUGGCUGCAGCUGGCCGACCUGCCAGGCAAUGACAUGACGGUGCUGGAGGCGCUGGUGGAGAUCCAGAAGAGAUCAGGUCAAGGAGCACCUGCCUCUGAGCCACGUGUGUCUGGGGAGUCCACCAAGUUCUUUCUGGGACGUCACGUCACCCUUACUGCAUCCAAGCCUGUGGGACUGAGCUCUAAUUUCCAGAGCUCAGGGAGCUGGUUUGGGGAGAUGUAA